UUCAAUAUAGCGUGUGUGUGUAGGGGGAUGGGGAGUCACCAAAACAGUAGAUGUGAGAGACACUUCCAGCAUGCCCCUAAAUUCAACAGUAUCUUGGUACAUAUGUGUGUGAAAGCUGUCGUAACUAACACUGCCACCGUAGCUGUCCUCACAGAGCCCCGAGAUUAACAGUGAAAUUAUGUGAGAUCAUUACUCAAAUGAUAUUCGUUAUCUUUGUGAUAAGUAAAGGUGACAGUGAGUAGCUGCAAGAACCUAACUUAAUUUAACCAAGCCAAACCAAAUCUAACCAAAUCUAACUUAACCAAUGCUGGUGAUCUGAAGGAACCUACUUAACAAGGCAUCAGGCAGUGAGGAGAGAGCAGUGACUGAUUUUAACAAGAUUAUCAACACUAUCGAUCAACAGAGAAGAAGAAGACGACAGUGAUGGCAACGUGGGUGUGGAUGAUGUGGAUAUGGGCAUGUGUGGGCUUGGCUGUGGGUAAACCAAUGGCUGGUCAGCUUUACUCGUCCCAGUCCCUCAUGGAUGACCUGUUUGUGUUCGACAAGUUGGUGGGUGACGUCUUACCCCUCCUACCCGAGCACAUCCCUGCAGCGUCCAGGUAUCAGGAGUCAUACUGGAGUAUGGCACAGGACCGGGCGAUGGUUGGGGGUCACGUGACAGCAGUGGAAGUCACGGGGAAUCCUCUCCACGUGUACUGGGUCAUCAAACGUCUUGUACUGUACUGGCCUGCCCUCAACAUCUCUCUCCAACACUACCACACUCAAGAUGGUGUGUGUGAGGACAAAAGCACUAAUUGUCCUAACUGGGUGAUGAGAGGCGAAUGUCUCCACAACCGUAACUACAUGGUCUUUAACUGUCCACUGUCUUGCGGUGUUUGUCCUUCUCCAGAGUUGAGGGAGCGGUUAGUGGCGCUGAUGGAGGCUUACAACAGCACUGUCCUGCCCAUAUACAAUGACCUACUUGGAGCUGCCUACGCCCUAGCACGACUCCAGAGGUACUACCGCAUACCCAUUGGUAACUUCAUGCAGGGACGCCUCGACAACACCUACAGUAGUGUUAGGUUGACGCCAGAGGACUGCAUCACGAUAGCCAAUGCCACACACUACUUCGGGGAGAUGAGUGACGCCUGGCUGUGGUACAAGUACUGCCGCACUACCACUGACGACCCACACCAACAUGACUACAUCCAAACACUUAUGGACGACUUAGAGCGCCAGCAUGAUAGUGAGUGGACAAAAGGAGACUCCAGGUACUUCCAGCGUCCACUGUCAGAGUCCCACUUCCAGGUCUCCUCAGAUUCCCCCACUCACCGUGUGUGUCGUGGAGUACACAAAAUUCCUGUCGAUGGUCAGCUACAGUGUCAUGUGUCAGCUCAUGGUGCUCCUUACCUUGCCCUCCAGCCAGUCCGCUACGAGCUCCUCCACCAGUACCCACAUAUUUAUCUCUUCUACGACGUUCUUCAAGAUUUUGAGAUCCAGACCAUCAAAAAACUGGCGAAGUCGAGGCUGUCUCGGUCGACGGUGGUGGGCAGCAACCGCUAUAUGGAGAUAAGGGUGUCACAGACAGGCUGGCUCAACAAUGCCUCCCAUCCUUCCCUCCUCAGCAUAGCACGCAGGAUCUCCUAUAUUACUGGUCUCCAUGUGUUUGAAGGCCCUCCCGAACACAUGGCCGGAGAAUAUCUACAGGUUUUGAAUUACGGUAUUGGUGGGCACUAUGUGAUGCACUCGGACUUAUUCUACAAGAAGUUUCCCGAAGGACGAUGGAAUGAAUCUUUGGCCGGCCCCCAUGAGUAUACACCAGGAGAUCGCCUCGCCACCUGGAUGUUCUAUCUGUCAGAUGUUAAGUUGGGGGGAAGGACUGGGUUUCAAUUCGGCUUCUCUGUGGCCCCCGUGAAGGGCGCAGCAGUGUUCUGGUACAACCUCAAGAGGAAUGGCGACGCUGACUUCAAGACGCAACAUGGCGGCUGUCCUGUCGUGUUGGGGCACAAAUGGGUUGCAAACAAGUGGAUUCGAGAACACACUAACUUUCUCCGGCGAACAUGUAGCACCAACCCAGAGGAGUGAUAACAGGGACACUCGCAGGUCGACUUCCUCCAACACACACACUUCGGUUUUCAUGAAAAUUAGGAACGCAGGCUUAUUUCACCUGCUUAUUAAUCCCCUAGGUGCUCAGUUAGAGUUGAAACCCAUGUAUGUAAUAAAAUAAAAGUUUAUAAGUA